GGCCGGGGAUGGAGCCCAGGCUGCGGUGGCUGCGACAGCUCUGCAGUGCUGAGAGGUACCCCCUUGCGCCCCCAGAGGCGAGAAUGCCCCUGCCCUGUUGGUUCCUGUGACCCUACGGACUGACGGAUGCUUCCUCCUAGGCCAGGCCUCCUCAGACCCUCACCCUCCCGGCCCGGUGGCCACUGGCUGCUUCUGCCUUUGGGUCUCUCGCCCGCUCUUGCCCUCCUUGCACGCAGCGCUGUGCUGGCAUGUCCACCUGUGUCACCUGUCACUACACUGUCGCUGGACUGAGUCCCCGAGAGGGGGCGUGGUGAUGGGCUUGGCUGUCAAGUUCCGGGAGGACGGGUACCUGGUGCUGGAGGGGUUCUUGUCUGCAGCCGAGUGUGCGGCUUUGCGCCAGCGGGUCGGCGAGAUCAUGGCUGAGAUGGACGUCCCUCUCCACUGCCGCACGGUAUUUUCCACCCAGGAAGAUGAGCAGCUGCAAGCCCAGGGCAGCGCAGACUACUUCUUGAGUAGUGGUGACAAGAUUCGGUUCUUUUUUGAGAAAGGCGUUUUUGACCAGAAAGGAAAUUUCCUGGUGCCUCCAGAGAAAGCCAUUAAUAAAAUCGGCCAUGCUCUGCACGCCCACGACCCUGUCUUCAGGCGUGUCACACACUCCCCGAAGGUGCAGGCCCUGGUCAGAAGCCUGGGUCUCCAGAUGCCCGUGGUGGUGCAGAGCAUGUACAUCUUCAAGCAACCGCACCUUGGUGGCGAAGUCACGGCUCACCAGGACGCCUCCUUCCUGUACACGGAGCCCCUGGGCCGGGUGCUGGGCCUGUGGAUCGCGCUGGAGGACGCCACGCUGGAGAACGGCUGCCUCUGGUUCAUCCCCGGCUCCCACACUGGUGGAGUGUCCAGAAGGAUGGUCCGGGCACCCGCGGGCUCAGUGACGGGCACCAGCUUCCUGGGGGUGGAGCCAGCCCGGGAUGACCACCUCUUUGUGCCUGCACCUGUGCAGAGAGGGGCCGUGGUCCUCAUCCAUGGGGAAGUGGUCCACAAGAGUGAGCGGAACCUGUCAGGCCGCUCACGACAUGCCUACACUUUCCACCUCAUGGAGGCCUCGGGCACCGUCUGGAGCCCCGACAACUGGCUCCAGCCAACAGCAGAGCUGCCCUUCCCCUCCCUGUACACCUAAGGCCCCUGCAGGGGAGGAGCAUGUGGCCCGUGGCCCCCGCCAGGCUGCAGCUGAGGUGGCAGCUCUCUCCGGGCUUCCUGCUCUGGCGUCUGAGACCCUGGGCCCUGCAGCUGGUCGGCUCCACGCGGAAGCAGGGCCUGGGCUGGAGCCUGAUUUUCGAAGACCCUGCCUCCGCCUCUGCUCCUCACAUAGAGUGCCCCCCCCACCACACAGCGCCCCCCCACCACAAAGCGCCCCCCCCAGCUUCUCUGCCGCUCUCGCCCUUCUCUCCUUGUACUGAUGAUUACAGGACAAGACAAUA